AUGGGCCAGGAACAGUCCAAAGCAGCCCGCCCUACCACCCGCAAGGCAACUCAGCCAACGGCAUCACCAUCACCAUCAGCACCACCAAACCAGAACCGCAAACCCACCCGGACCGACAGAGUAAACCGCAAAGUCGACGGCGCUCUCGCCUGGCCAGGCCGCGACAACGUCGACCCGCGAGCCCCCUACUCGUUUGGAAAAUGCGCAGACCCCGCUAUCGAGUCCGCCAUGGACGGCAUCCAGUACGACAUUUUCGGGGCAGCAUUGCAACGUCGCGACGACGGCAAAAAGGACGUCAUCAAUUUCUACCACAUUGAGAAUGACCGCGAGCAGACGAUGCCCCGCCUCAGCACCUUUGAGCGGUGCGCUUGGGUUGUUGGCGUGGCGUAUAAUCCCUGGAGGGUUGUCGAUGGGUUCUCGUCGGGUGUGCAGCAGCAAUUUGCGCACUGGGGCGUCUAUAUUCGGCCCAUGGCUGUUGACAAGCAGGGGCCAAACUACCAAAUCUUCGGAAUGAACUUUCGCAAGGAAUACAAAGGGCAACUAAUCCUCGAAAACGCUUGGGGCACUCCAGGGGAGCAAGGCACAGGCGUUUGGAAGAAGGCUCUCACCCACGAGGAAUUCAAACAAGUGCAAGAACAGGGCCUGGAGGAGGUCGUCAUGUACUUUAGUUUCGAAGAGUUUGUCCUAAACCUCCAGCUCGUACUAUGGGACUUUGUCCGCCGACGAAAGCGUAGCAGCCAGGGUAAAAUCGACCAGCAUCGUGGAGACGCGUACUCGCUCUUCCGCGGCAACUGCCAGCACUUUGCGCGAAACGCCAUUGCAGCUCUCAAGGAGCGCGGAUGGAUGCAAAAGAACAGGCUGCACAGCCGGUUCAUCCUCAAUGACCUGGAGACCGAACUCUUGGAGAAGCUCUUCCGCGAGAUCCGGGACGCGCGGCCGGGGGAGCUGGAGUAUUACAUGCACCGGAUGAACCUGCAGCUACUCACCCCCGAAAUAUUGAAUCGUACCGCGAUUUGGAUGAGACAGUAUAGGACGGCUGCUAGGAUGCAACCGGAUGCGGAUAAGAGGCUUGUUAAAUACCAAUAA